UGCACGCGCGCUGACGCACGGCUGUUGCUGUGAACCGCAGGGAUGUCAGACACGCGCCGCUUAUGCGAGGAUGUGAGAACAGACAGACAGCUCUCCUGACAACAUCAAAAAACACGACACCUCCUCUCUGACCCGAUGCAAUGCCCGUGAAGGAGAGUAGUCAAAACGCGGGUACUAUGCGUCCCCGUCGUGCGAUUCUGAGCGCGCGACGCUGUAAAAGGCAGCGCGUGCGGAUUCUGCGGCAGCUGUGAAUGCGGAGCGGACUCGUCGGGAAUAACGGGGAUCAGGAAAGUCAGCCAGGCAUGGAAAACUGAUCACUGAGCAAAUCAUCAACUAGACAAUCAUUUACAGACGCGUUUAUUGCGCGCCGUGUUGUUCAAAUUGACAUGCCGCGGUGGAUGGGAAGAGAAGAGCAGAACGUUUUGACUUUGGAUUGGGUUUAAGUGAUUCUGCAGUUCGUGCCAGACAGAUUUUACUGAGGCGUUAAGCGAUAUCCAGACUGAAUGAGCUCUGUGUGCUGCUGGUGUAGAAUGUUGUCUCGAUAACAUCAGACCGACUCCGCUCUGACUGCGGCAGGUGGAAGCCCUGAGGUCAGUCUGCGAGUCAGGAGUGAAUCAGCACGGUGUUUGAUUGACAGACAGCCUGGUGGGAAACAAGGCCUUGGGAGAAUGAGAGUCCGAUAACAGGAGUGAAAGCGUCGCCACGGCUAAUAUCAUCUUUCAGUCUUCACUGCUGCUCGUCUUUCUCAAGACAACCUCUGCAAUGGCACCGCUCGCGUUCAUCCCUGCCCCUUUGGAGAUGUAGAGAGACACUGGAAACCUGACACAUUUCUGCAGAGGACGACUGGAAAGAGUCUUCAGACUUUAAGGCUCUGGAUGAACCGCUUUGAACAUCAUUUUCAAAGUCUUAUGUAUAAACUUUCAGACACAUUGUUAAAGAACACUUUUGAGAGAUUCAAAACUCAAGAACAUUUUACAAGGAAAGUACAAGGAUCUUUCGUUUUAUAUGUUUCUGAGUAACGUUGAAGGCCAGUGCGUGCGGCUCGAGAGCCCAUCAUGGCCAGACCUUUGCUGAAGAUCCACCGCUAUUUCCACCGUAAACCGGUACGCUUCUUCUCCUUCAUCCUCCUCUACCUCACAGCUGGCAGCCUUGUUUUUCUUCACUCUGGCUUUUCCAGUGAUACAUCCACUACUGGGGCUUCUGGGAGUGGCCGUGACCCAGUUAUAUCUGAAGGUGGGGGCGGAGCAGGCGCUGGAGGAUCCACCUCUGAUAGUUUGGGGCUCCUAGGGAGGGUGUUCAAGGAGACACGGAGAGCCCCUCGGAGAUUUGGUACAACGUGGAUAAGGGAAAAGGAUGCACCAGAGUGGGCACGGACAGGGAGUCAUGCCAAAAGCUGGAACAAUGGAGCCAAAGGAAAAACCACCAAAGAGAUGGACGAUGAGAGAGCAAAAUACAUCGGCUGCUACGUGGACGACACGCAGAAGCGCGCGCUCAGGGGCGUGUCCUUCUUUGACUACAAAAAAAUGACUGUCUUCCGUUGCCAGGACAACUGUGCUGAGAGGGGUUAUCUUUAUGCUGGCCUGGAGUUUGGAGCAGAGUGCUACUGCGGUCACAAGAUCCAGGCGCCCAAUGUGUCAGAGAGCGACUGUAAUAUGAAGUGUAAAGGGGAGAUGAGCAACCUUUGUGGAGGACCGAAUCGCCUCUCCAUAUACAGACUUGAGCUGAGCCAGGAGUCUGCCCGAAGAUAUGGGAGCGCCAUCUUCAAAGGAUGCUUCAAGAGGCCAGACAAUGUCACCCUGGCACUUCCUGCUAGUGCCGUCAUUCAAAACAUGUCAGUGGAUAAGUGUGUAGACAUGUGCACAGAGAAAGAAUUCACUCUGGCUGCUUUGGCUGGGGAAAAAUGUCACUGUGGGUUUCCUACUCCUCUUUUCACACUGCACGAGCGUGAGGACGAGGAACUGUGCGUGCAGCGCUGUGCCGGAGAAGAUUUCGAGAGCUGUGGGAACAAUGACUACUUUGUAGUGUACCAGACACAAGUUCAGGAUAAUCGAUGCAUGGACCGACGCUUUCUACCCACUCGUUCCAAGCACCAGAUUGCACUAGCGAGUUUCCCAGGAGCAGGGAACACCUGGGCCCGUCACCUUAUUGAACUGGCCACAGGUUUUUACACUGGGAGCUACUACUUUGAUGGUUCGCUGUACAACAAAGGUUUUAAAGGGGAAAGAGAUCACUGGCGCAGCGGUAGAACCAUAUGCAUCAAAACUCACGAGAGCGGCAAGAAGGAGAUCGAGGCCUUCGAUUCCAGCAUCCUCAUGAUCCGGAAUCCUUACAAAGCCCUCAUGGCCGAAUUUAACCGAAAGUAUGGCGGCCACAUUGGAUUUGCCUCUCAAGCUCACUGGAGGGGUAAAGAGUGGCCAGAGUUUGUGAGGAACUACGCUCCAUGGUGGGCGUCCCACACGCAAGACUGGCUGAAAUAUGGGAAGAAAGUGCAUGUGGUGCACUUUGAAGAUUUAAAGCGUGACCUUUUCUCUCAUUUAAAGAAGAUGGUCGUCUUUUUGGGUCUGGAGGUUUCUGAGGACCGUUUAUUGUGUGUUGAAGGACAAAAAGAUGGAAACUUCAAACGCUCUGGCCUGAGAAAGCUAGAAUACGACCCUUACACGGCAGAAAUGCGUGCCAACAUUGAUGAGCUUAUUAAAAUUGUGGACACAGAGCUGAAGAAAAGGAACCUGCCUGCUGUACCAGAGGAGUACAGACCGAGAUGAUACUAUCUCAUAUUUUCUUUUUGUCACUUUUAGCUUUAAUUGUUUUCAAUUUGGACCCUUGUUUUAGAAUUUUUAAGUUCAUUGUGAUUCCCAUUGUUUGCUUUCUGUUUUAGAAAUUGUAUGCAUUGCACAGAAGAACACAAGAUUAGAGCUCCUAAUCUUCUAAUUUACAGUCAUGGAUGGUCUGAAAGAAUACACUAUAUAUUUUAUUCUGGCUUAUUUAAAUGUCAAAGUUAAAUCAUUUUAAGGCCAUGUUCUUUAAGCCACUAUGAAAGUAUGUGGAAUCCACAAUGACUGUCAAUGAAUGCGUCUCUUAGUAAGACAUCCAGGCCACUGUGUAGAUGGACACUUCUUUAUUGUAUUGCCCUUACCUGCAACUGUUGAACUACAGUAGAUAACAUCAUGAUCCUCUUUGCACUGUUCAAAAAGGC